AUGGAUGGAGGGAAUCACUCGGUGGUGUCUGAGUUUGUGUUUCUGGGACUCACUCAUUCAUGGGAGUUCCAGCUGCUCCUCCUGGUCUUUUCCUCUGUGCUCUAUGUGGCAAGCAUGACUGGGAACAUCCUCAUUGUGUUUUCUGUGACCACCGAUCCUCACUUACAUUCCCCCAUGUACUUCCUACUGGCCAACCUCUCCUUCAUUGACUUGGGAGCCUGCUCUGUCACUUCUCCCAAGAUGAUCUAUGACCUUUUCAGAAAGCAUAAAGUCAUUUCCUUUGGAAGCUGCAUUGCUCAGAUCUUCUUCAUCCAUGCCAUUGGUGGGGUGGAGAUGGUGCUGCUCAUCGCCAUGGCCUUUGACAGAUAUGUUGCCAUAUGUAAGCCUCUCCACUAUCUGACCAUCAUGAGCCCGAGGAUGUGCAUUUUGUUUCUGGCUGCUGCUUGGGCCCUUGGUAUGAGCCACUCACUGUUCCAACUAGCAUUUAUUGUUAAUUUGCCCUUCUGA